AUGGCCUCCGUGGACCUGCAACGCCUGCGCCACAUGUUACUCACCACCGGCGCCGGCGGCGGUCACCACCAGCUCGCCUCCGCCGCUUCUAUGCCGGCCAGUGGGCCUUGUUAUGCCGCUGCGGUGCCGAGCCAGCGGGGGCACCAGCCGUACGCGGACCUCUUCGCGCUGCCGCUGCCGCCGCCGCCCACGACGACGGCGGCCGCGGAGCAGUAUUCGGAGUUCUUGGCGAUGGCUGCGGCUGAUCUGGCGAAGAAGGGCGUCAGCCCCGACUGUGCUCAGGAAAUGAUCACCAAGAAGCGGAGGCGCGACGAGCAGUCGUCGAUGCUUGGCGCGGCCGACGUUCUUGCGGCCCACGCGCAGCAGCAGAUCACCGACGUCGACAGCGUCCUGCUCAAACAUGCGAGAAAGAUGUGGACUACUUUGGCGGAGCAGACGCAGAGCCAGACGAGGCUUAUCGUCUCGGCCGUGGAGGCCAGGGCGGCGAAGCGGCUCAAGGCCAAGGACGAGGAGAUUGAGCGGAUCAGGAGCAUGAACUGGGCGCUCGAGGAGCGCCUUCGGAACCUCUUCAUGGAGGCUCAGAUGUGGCGCGACGUCGCGCAAUCCCACGAGGCCACGGCCAACGUGCUCCGCGGCGACCUUCAGCGGGCGCUCGACGUCCAGGCGGUCCAUGGCGGUGGAAGCGGCCACGGUCAGGAAGACGACGCCGAGUCCUGCUGCUGGGGGGAGAACCAGGUACCCGUCUGCCCGGAGGAGGAGGUGGGCACGCCGGUAGUGGAGGAGCGUCACGCGACAGGAGCAGGAAGGUGCAAGGGGUGCCGCGAGGGCGCGGCCGUUGUGCUGCUGCUGCCGUGCCGGCACCUCUGCGUGUGCGCGCCGUGCGCGGCCGUGGCGCAGGCGUGCCCGGUGUGCGGAAGCGCCAAGAAUGGCAGCGUCUGCGUCAACUUUUCGUGA